AUGCCCAAACUCAACUGGGUUCCUCAAGGUUUCAUUCCCCUUCGGGACCUUGUCUUCAUUUCGCAAGAAUUGAGGGCGACAGAAGAUCGUGUUGUUCGUGUGCCGAGUGUCUCCAAUCCGUUCGAAUACGUCGAGAAUCUCCCUAGUCAAUCUUUCCAGUACCAAUGUCACACUCGUGCCUAUUCUAGCUGUCGAAGAUACCAACAAUUCAACUUCCGAGUUUUUUCACAUCACUUGAAUUGGUUCCUCUUGGAGAGGCGGAGACGAAGGCUAGGACGCGCUUGGGUGAUAGCUCAAAAUGAUACCAAAUUCCAUACAGAGAGUAAAGAUAAUGCUGUUGUAAGUGUAGUGUCUUCACACUGUGACUAUUUAUAA